UAAAGAUUAUAGUAUAUGAAUAAGACAUCAUGUGAACGAAGUUAUGCCCGACUAAACAAAUUAAUUGGCCUCCCCGUACCGCCCUAUAAAGAUUUCCAUUUGACCUCACAGCAAAACCACCCAGAAAUUGUCCUCCCUGCGAGUAGUCUCAAUCGAUCGCACGCACGCACGCACAAUCUCUGCACGCUACAACGAAGCCUCUUCAGUACUGCAGUUUCCCUCUACGUACCGACGGCCAAGUCUCUUCAAAUGGUCACCGGAGCUGGGAAUGAUGAGAGCCGGAUUGUUCUGACAAAACCGGUGACAUUGGAGGGGGAAUCAGAUAUUGAUUACACAGCUCCUAAUCCUCUCCAGCUCGUUUUGAGUCUCUUCAAAAAUGUCAUGCCAGGAUCAGACCUCUCACGCUUUCAGCUGCCCCCUACCUUCAACAUUCCAAAGUCACAACUUCAGUGUUUUGGCGAAUCGGUGUAUUGCAUUGCUACUGAUAUGUUGAGCAGGUGCAACGGCGGCAAGAGCCCCCAUGACAGAUUCAUAGCCGUUACAGCCUGGAGCAUUUCCACACUGCGUCCUGUGAUGUUCGGUGUGGCUCCUUAUAAUCCCAUUCUUGGAGAGACGCACCAUGUUUCAAGUGGGAAUCUCAAUGUUCUUCUUGAACAGGUUUCACACCACCCACCAGUAUCUGCACUCCAUGCAACCGAUGAGAAAGAAAAUGUUGAAUUGAUUUGGUGUCAUCAUCCUUCUCCCAAAUUCCAUGGUACUUCAGUGGAAGCUGAGGUGCUGGGCAAAAGGCAGCUGAAGCUACUAAAUCAUCGAGAAACCUAUGUAAUGAACUCACUGAAUCUAUUGAUCAGAUUCCUUCCAGGUCCUAGGACAGAUUGGGUUGGUAAGGUCAAAAUCCAGUGUCAAGAAACUGGGCUGGAAGCUGAGUUGUGUUUUAGGAGCAAUUCUUUUCUAUGGUGCAGAGGAAAUCAUCGAUCUGUUAAGGGGAAGAUAUUGGACUCAUCAUCCUUGCAGACUCUUUAUGAGAUUGAUGGUCACUGGGAUAGAACUGUCGGAGUGAAGGACAUCAGUAAUGGAAAAUUAACAAUUAUAUACAAUGCAAAAGAAGUCAUUUCAGGAUUGAAUGCUCCAAUUGUCAAGGAUCCAAAGGAAGUGUGGCCAAGUGAAUCAGCCAUCGUGUGGAGUGAUGUGAGCCAGAGCAUCCUGAGCAAAGAUUGGGAGAAAGCAAGAGAAGCAAAGAAGGUGGUUGAGGAGAAACAGAGGGAGCUAUUGAGAGAGAGAGAUUCAAGAGGGGAAACUUGGAUUCCUAAGCAUUUUACAGUUUCUCAUAGCAAGGAAGGUGGGUGGGACUGCUCACCUAUUCAAAAGUGGGUCCCACCAGCACCCAUAGUCGUGCCCCUUUGAUUCAUUGACUGUAUAGAAUCGUAUCAAAUCAGUUUCUUGUGAACUUUAUAAGAAUUGGUAGUGGCUGGAUCAACCAACCCUGUAAACAACAAAGCCUCACCUGCUUUCAUCAUCAAGCUCCCAAGUACUAAUAAGUACAGAAGUCAGCUAGAAACAUUGGGGGGGAUGGCUAAAGAAUGCUCACAACAAGUGGCUGGACUUUCACACUAUGCUGAAAUUCACGAGAAAGAACUUUAUUUGCCUUGUGAAAUAUCUGCCUCACUUAUACCUAAUGAUAAGGAGUUCAUCGCCUUUUUCGGUGGCCAAGUCAAAUGAAUGUAGUCCUUUUCCAUGCACUGCCUAUCCAUGCUAUCCGGAUCUUCUUCUUUUUCAUGUAGUAGUUGAAGUGGGGCUACUUAAUUCGUUGCAGUGGUCUACUUGUGGACAUUACCAAGUUCUUUAUGCUUAGACAAACAUUAAAUCACAUUUAUACUUGUAUUGCAAA